AUGGAGAAAUACGAGACAAUCGGCAAAAUCGGUGAAGGUGCCUACGGCGUGGUCUACAAGGCCCGCGAGCUUGGCCAUCAAAACCGUGUCGUUGCUCUAAAGAAGAUCUAUCUAGGAGGUGAGAAUGAGGGUGUUCCUAGCACUGCCAUCCGCGAAAUAUCCCUCCUUAAAGAAUUGCACGGCCCCAACAUUGUACAAUUGCUAAACGUUGUUCAUGCUGAUGGGCACAACCUCUACCUCGUUAUGGAGUUCCUUGAGAUUGACGUGGAGAGUUACAUGAAGAGUGGACGAGGCAAGGCUGCUUUGGGUGGGCCUAAGACGACAGCUAGACGAGGUCUGGGUGGUGCUAUAAUACAAAGGCUAACGGCGCAGCUGGCAGAGGUUGUCCGUUAUUGUCACAACCAUCGUGUUCUGCACCGCGAUCUGAAGCCGCAGAAUUUGCUCAUUGACCAUAAGGAUAAUCUGAAGCUGGCCGACUUUGGCUUGGCCCGAGCAUUUGGGGGCCCACUGCGCAGCUACACCCACGAGGUAGUUACGCUGUGGUACCGUUCCCCCGAGCUUCUUCUGGGAGACCGCCAGUACUCUACUGGAGUCGACAUGUGGUCGGUAGGCGCUAUAUUCGCCGAGAUGUGCACUGGCAAGCCAUUGUUCCGAGCGGACUCGGAGAUUGAGGAGAUCCUGAAGAUCAUCCGUGUGAUCGGUACACCAGAUGAAGAGAUGUGGCCGGGCGUUACCUCGCUCCCCUCCUACGAGGUCACCUUCCCCAAAGUCCGCUUUGUCAGCGCCUGCGGGGUUUUUAUGGGGGCCCACGGCCCAACCCACGGUGGGCUGCGGGUUAGGCUUUGCGGAGGUCUACUCGAGUAUGACCCCGCCCUCCGUCUUUCUGCAAAACAGGCCUGCAUGCACCCGUAUUUCCCAAUGGGCACCUCGUACUACUCGGGACGCACCUAG